AUGCUGCUUAUACACUCAUUGAUUUCAAGCUAUUUCAUUGAGUGGGCAAAGAUAGAAGCUGCAAGAGGAAGGGUCAUAUAUUGGCAAGGGUACCGAGUUCUUAGCAUUUUGGCAAUGUCAAGAUCCAUAGAUAUGUAUCUGCCUUUGGCAUCUCUACAGCAUAUUUAUGUCAAUGUAGUUGGAUUUGAAGUGAUGCUAGUUACUGUAAACUUUUUCUUGAUAAGGGUUAUGGUUUCUAGUGAUAGGUACUUGAAACCAUGUAUUAUUCCAGAACCGGAAGUGAAGUUUGUACAAUGGGAGAAACAUGACGAGUGCCUUUUUCUAGCUAGUAAUGGUUUAUGGGAUGUGGUGACAAAUGAUGAAGCCCGUGAAGUUGCACGGAAGAGGAUCCUUCUUUGGCACAAGAAGUAUGGCGAGACUGCGUCAAUGACCGAACAAGUUGAAGAAGCAGUUGACCCUGCAGCUCACGCUGCUACAGAGUAUCUCUCUAGACUUGCCCUCCAAAGGGGAAGCAAAGAUAACAUCUUUGUAAUUGUGAUAGACUUGAAGGCUUAA